GCCCGCCUCGGCCUCCCAAGAGCUAGGAUUACAGGCGUGAACCACAGCGCCCGGCCUUUUUCUUUCUUUUCUGGGAUACUUUCUUGACUUCUGAGCCUUCAGUGGGAUUUUUCAUUUUACUUAUUGUGCUUCUUAACCUUGCGUUUUGAAGUAAUUUCAAACUCACCUACGUUUUGAACGUUUCGACACAUUUCCUCAGCAUGGAUCGCCUCCCUGUUUUUAUUUCUGAGUCCUUUCGGAGAAGGUUUCGGGGAGGAUCCCCGUAGCGUUUCUGUGUGUUUUCCCUACGAACGAGGAUGUCGCCUCGUAUAACCCCCACACACAGGUCAAAGUCGGGCAAUUUAACCUGGUGCCGUCUGCAGUCAGCGAUGGCGUGGACCGUAUGGGUUAGUAAUGAUGGCACAGGUCCAGUGACGCGCUCCUUAGCGUUUCCUUCUGACCUAGUCCACGAUCACAUACUGCAUUUCGUUGCCGUCACUGUCGUAUUUUUAGUUCCUGGGGCCUCUCUCUUGCUCUCUCUGCAGUUUUGUUAACUACAGGUAAUACGACUGUUUCAGAAAGCAGCUGGGCACACACGCCUGCAGCUGAGUGGCGUGGCACUGUCCCCAAGGGAACCAUGUGACACCACGGUGGUGGCCCUGUGCAGAGCCUGCCUCGUGGCGGAACGGAAAACGGCCCGUUUCUGUUUUGCCUCAGGGGUCAGAGGUAGAGUGAAGUCCUUUCUGGAUGCUCAGCAAGGUUUCUGGCACACAGUAGGUGCUUAAUAAGCGCCUGGGAUUGUCAGAUGUGGGAAGUCUGGUUCUUGCCUGAUGGGCCGAACCUCUGCAGAGAGAUGUGGCAUCGUGUGAGCUGGCACGGGGCACCUGCCUACCUGUGUGUGUGUGUGUGUGUGUGUGUGUGUGUGUGUGUGUGGAUGGGGGCUGGGCGGAGGCUGCCAUGGCCCCCUGCAGAGUCCGUCGUGGGCUCUCUCGCUACCUGGGUGUCUGUGGGCCCAGGUGGUCUGUGAACACCAGCUGUUUUCUGGAAGCAGGUCUGCUCCCACUCUGAGUCCCCCAUGCAGCCAGGGCCUCACACUCAGAUGUUCUCGGGAAUGCUCCCCUCCUGUCUCAGGCGUGUGCAAAGGUCCUGGGGUGUGAGUGUUGGAGGUUCACCCCAGUGGUCAUGAGGCAUCUAGGCCUGCCAGGAUGCCCUCAGUUCUGCCUUUGUGGUCCCUUUGGGGACUUGUGGCCUUGCCGGGGCCGAGAGCAGCCUCUGGACUCUCCCUCCUCACCCUCUGGCCUCCACAAGGCCCUCUUCCUCCCUCCCCAGCACUCACCAGGAUAAAAGCCAGGAGACUGCGUAGGCCCAGCAGGGCGCUGCCGGCUGAGGGCGGGGGCUGGGGUGGGGUUCCCAUGGAGGUGGAGCGGCAGCAGGCCUGAGGCUGGGGAACCCCUCCCCAAGCUCCUCAUUCCCGCACUGCCCUGCUCCCGCCUUGCCCAGCGGAGCCUGUCACCCUAAACCCUGCGCAGGCUUCAGUAAGCCAACCCAGGCGCAGUAAGAGACGUGCGGCCCCCCUCGCCCUGUAAGCAGAACUGCAGAGGCGUACGGAGCUCAGCCAUGAAAAAAUCAUGAGGCCAGCCAGCCGCACUCGGAACAAUGCAGGCCGGGCCCUGAGCCCUGCCAAGCUGGACCCCUGCUGGGGGCAGGUGACAGGUCCAGGAGUGAGGGAAUCGGGGCUGGCCUGUGCCCAGCAGCACCCUGAACAAGGGGGCUGGGUGCAGAGGCCCAGCAGGGACUGGCCAGAGUGGCCUGGCCUGGGGACAGGGGGUGCUGGGGGCGGGGCACCUGCAGGAGCAUUAGGGUGUCCUCUGGUCCUUGCAGGGGGGCUGGGGCCACUGCUCAGAGCAGGGGGCCUAGGCCGGGGACGUGAAGGGCGUGGUCCUCUGCCGUGGGGCUGCCCCGGCUCUGUUUCCCAGUUUCCAGGGCUCCGGGCCAGCUGAGGCGGGGAGUCGCCUCUCCCCGGCCUGCACACGCGAGGGCCCGUGCCAGCUCACACCACUAGCAUCCGUCGCUGGGCACGCAGCCUGGAGCACGUGCCAGUCGCCAUGGCAGCAGGCAGCGUGCCGGCAGGAGCACUAGCAUCCGUCCGUCCGGGCGGCAGUCUAGGCGUGGGGGCUGGGCCUCCCCCUGUAGCCCCGGAGGGGCCGCCUGGGUGGGAGGGGACCCUCCUUUGGCUGGGGCGGCCCCUCCCCCAGCAUCCCCGGAAAGGGGAUCGUUUUCUAAGGGUUCUAGAAAGGACACCAGGGGCCUGGAGGGCUUCGAGGCUCGCUCAGAGGGCCUUGUGUGCUGAGGGUUCUCACAGCAAGGCGCUCCCUGCCUCCCAGACCCAGCCGUGGCCGGGAGGGUCCGUCCACCGUGUCCGUCGCUGUCUGUCGGCCUGAGCAGGCGGCCGGAGGCAACGCCUGCCAAACAGCCUCUCUCAGAAGGAGGGAAAAGGCCUCGUCUGCUCAAGUCCAGCGUGACUAAGGCAGCGCUGGGCAGCCUGACAUCCGGGCCCGGGCCUGGUCCGGGGGCCGCAGACGGCGGCCUGGGCCCCCGGCACACAAUGGGCACAUUUCCUCCCCCGCUCCGGGAUCAGAGGUGGGCAGGGCAGAUGAACGGGACCCCCAGAGUGGCGGUGACUUUGGAUGUCCCCACAGUGCAGCCUGGACGGGCCACAGUGACAGACAUGUUUGUGCCCCCCACGUGGGUGGCUGCAUGGUGCCCUUUGGCAGGGGUUUGGGGGAGAGGGGCCCCCUGUCACCCGAGGACGCUGAAGGGGCUGGAGCACCCAGGCUGCAUGGGCUCCUGCGAGUGGCGUACCUCUGGGUGUGAGGCCCUGGGCAGCCACCCCCGGGCUCGGAGGCUGGGACCCAGGAUGGCGUCUCCGGGGGCCAGGCUGGCCCCGCGGGCGUCCCUGCCGGCGGUUACAUGCACCUUCACUCACACGCAUGUGUGCACACGGCACACGCACAACGAGGCAUCUCUCUGCAGAGUCUCAGCCCCCCCCAAGAGCCAGAACCCCCAUCACACAACCACAGGCACUUAUUAAGCACCUGCUGUGUGCCAGAAACCUUGCUGGGGAUCCGGAAAGGAAGCACCGCCCAGCAGGCAGCCGGGCAAAGGCCUGGGGUCGUGAGGCAGAGAGGCCAGGAGGGCGCGGGACACUUGCAAACCGCCUCCCUCCAAGGACACCCGGGCUGGGGGCCGCCGUUCGCCCCCUCCCCUGGGCCCCAAGAGCCCCUCUUGGCUCACACGCCUGGCCUGGUGCGGGCGGCCCAGCCUGCCUGGAGCUGAGGGCCCAGAACGGAGGGGCCGCCCUUGCUCCUGGCUCUGCCCCGAGAGGCUGCCCCGAGCCAGGCCCGAUUAGCGCCUGGCGGCCGGGCUUCCUCCCGCCGCGCACCUGAUGCCUGUGACACCCUGCCAGGGCCAGGCAGCACUAAUGAGGCGUCACACUAAUCAGAGGGACAGGCUGUCACAGUGUCCACGCCUGGGGGCCCCCCCGGGCACAGCGGCCCCUCCAGCCUCCCAGCCACGCACACAGGCCCCCGAGCUGUGCCCGCAGGACCCCUCACGGGCCUGCACCCCUCAACCAGAGACGCCUCCCUGGCAUUGGAGCUACCCCGCCCCCCCUCAUUCCCGGGGACGGUGGGGAGAUUGCGUGGGCCCCGGGGCGUCGUCUCUGGGGAGGGGGUGCAACCCCAGGAUGGUGUCUGGCGCGCAGCCCGGCCACACACACAGUCGGUGCCCUGCAAACGUGAGUGGGUCACAGAAGUGGACCAGGCCAGCCCACGAGGCGAGCUAAGACCAGCCCUGGCGAGGGUGACCAGCUGUGCCGUGGCUCCCUGCCCGGCCCCUGAGGUUGGGGACAGGUCCCCUCCAUUCCCUCCCCAGGGUCUGCAGGUGCCUGGCGCAGUCACCGCUCGGGGCUUGGAGGAUGGAGGAAGGACGCCCCGACUGGGGCCAUGUGCACAUGUGCCUCUGCCCGGGCCUGGGGGGCCACGUGUGCCCGGCCAGGGCCCCCAUCGUGGCCACCCAGGGGUGGAGGGCUCAGGAGGACGGGGCAGUGACUCGAGGCUGUGGCUGGAAGGGGCCCGUGUCCCCUGCUCCUGGUCUCCGGGGAGGCCCGGGGUCACACGCCGUUGUGAGGAAGGGGACAGUGUGGCUGGUCCCAGCCAGGGUGGGCAGCUCUGGUUUCACUGCCUGCCCCCUGGCCACUGUGGGCCCACUGAGGGCCCCAAAGAUGCCCCUUCAAGCUCAGGGUUGGGGUGCUGCCAGGUGGCCCCAGGGCUGGGGGCUAGGGGUCCCUGGGGGCCCGGUGUGGCCAGCUUCCAGCCUCUCCCAGCCUGCUGACCUCAUCGUCUUCCGGAUUCCAGUGGCCACCUGGGAAUAUGACAUGGACAUUGUCCCACACGGCCCCCCAGACCCCAAUCCAUAAAGACCCCAAAGUUAAGCCAGUUGCUUCAGCAAUGGGAGCAGCCAUUCCAGGGUCCCCAAGGUGACCCAGUGGGUCCACCAAGGGCCAGGUGAGGCCGGCUUCACCCCAGGCUCCCUGUGGAGGAGGCAGCAGCCUCAUGGCCUGGAGACUUGCUCGGGGCACACAGGAGUGUGCUGGGAGCCGGCUUGACCCUGGACCUCUGACCCCAGGCUGCAUGGGCAUCAGCUGCCUGUGCAGGGAGCUCCCGGAGGACUGUGCUCCAGUCUCCUGUACCUGUGGCUGUCCCCGUCUCCCUGUACACACACUGCUCCUCCCCAAACAGGGGUCUCUCACAUGGGGCACUGCUGUGCCCUGGCUCAGGUCAGCUGCACAGGUCCCAGGUCCCAUGGGCUCCUGGCCCUGUCACUGGUCCCCUUGUUCCCAGCCCAGGGCCUGGGGCCACCCCAGGAAGGCCAGGCCCCGGGGCUGCUGGCUGGGGCCCAAGCAGGGAGGCCAGAGUGCCGGGCGGGGGUGGUCAGGGCAGGGGCUGCAGGCUGCCGGGGCGGGGGCCUUGCCGGGCUCCUGGCAGCAGGAAUCAGAGAAGCAGUAACUGGAUCCUGUGGGGAUCAGGCGGCCACCGAGGGUGGAGGGCUGCGAUCGGGUUGCGGCCGUGAGUUUUCCACCCGGCGGCUCUUUCUGCGUCGGGAAAGCGCCGGUUGGGGCGGUCUGGGGGUCUGUGCCUCGCGUCUGGGCCCCGAGGUGGUGGGCAGCAAGGAGAGAGGCCGAGAGCUGCGGGGGCCACGGGGCAGGGCCGGGCCCACGCCGGGGGAACAGGAGGGGUCCACCCUGCUCCCCGGCCCUGCAGUCCUCGGGCUCCGGCCGCGGUGCAAUCCGGGAGCGGCUGAAAUCCAAGCUGGGGCAGUGAAAGGCGGCCGCAGCUCCUAAGCCGCACGCCUCAGACCCGCCCUCCCCGCCCUCCACUGCCCCCGGCCGAGUGAGCGCUGCCCGGCCACCCCGCGGCUCAGAGGCGGCGUCCGAGCAGCCAGCGGGUCCAUGACGCCUGCUGGGUCUGGGGGCCCGGGGCCAGCCGAGCCACGCUGGGCCUCUGGGGGGCCGCAGGGGCCCUGAGCGCCUGGAGAGAGCUCCCCGGACCCUGGGGGGCACCUGGCCGGCCCCAGGAUGCCGACCAACGGCCUGCGCCAGGUGCUGAAGAUCCAGUUCGGCCUCGUCAACGACACGGACCGCUACCUGACCGCCGAGAGCUUCGGCUUCAAGGUCAACGCCUCGGCGCCCAGCCUCAAGCGCAAGCAGACCUGGCUGCUGGAGCCGGACCCGGGGCAGGGCGCGGCGGUGCUGUUCCGCAGCAGCCACCUGGGCCGGUACCUGUCGGCCGAGGAGGACGGGCGCGUGUCCUGCGAGGCGGAGCAGCCGGGCCGCGACUGCCGCUUCCUGGUCCUGCCGCAGCCGGACGGGCGCUGGGCGCUGCGGUCGGAGCCGCACGGCCGCUUCUUCGGCGGCACCGAAGACCAGCUGUCCUGCUUCGCCACGGCCAUCUCGCCGGCCGAGCUGUGGACAGUGCACCUGGCCAUCCACCCGCAGGCGCACCUGCUGAGCGUGAGCCGGCGGCGCUACGUGCACCUGUGCCCGCAGGAGGACGAGAUGGCAGCGGACGGUGACAUGCCGUGGGGCGUGGACGCCCUCCUCACCCUCAUCUUCCAGAGCCGGCGGUACUGCCUCAAGUCCUGCGACAGCCGCUACCUGCGCAGCGACGGCCGGCUCGUCUGGGAGCCCGAGGCCCGAGCCUGCUACACGCUGGAGUUCAAGGCGGGCAAGCUGGCCUUCAAGGACUGCGACGGCCGCUACCUGGCGCCCGUGGGGCCCGCCGGCACCCUCAAGGCCGGCCGCAACACCCGGCCCGGCAAGGACGAGCUCUUCGAUCUGGAGGAGAGUCACCCGCAGGUGGUGCUGGUGGCAGCCAACCACCGCUACCUCUCCGUGCGGCAAGGAGUCAACGUCUCAGCCAAUCAGGAUGAAGAAAUGGACCAUGAGACCUUCCUGAUGCAGAUUGAUCGGGAGACAAAGAAGUGUACCUUCUAUUCCAGCACUGGGGGCUACUGGACUCUGGUCACCCACGGGGGCAUUCUGGCCACAGCCACACAAGUCUCUGCCAACACCAUGUUUGAGAUGGAGUGGCGCGGCCGGAGGGUGGCACUCAAGGCCAGCAAUGGGCGCUACGUGUGCAUGAAGAAGAACGGGCAGCUGGCGGCCAUCAGCGAUUUCGUGGGCAAGGACGAGGAGUUCACCCUCAAGCUCAUCAACCGGCCCAUCUUGGUGCUGCGCGGCCUGGACGGCUUCGUCUGCCACCGCCGCGGCUCCAACCAGCUGGACACCAACCGCUCGGUCUACGACGUCUUCCACCUGAGCUUCAGCGACGGCGCGUACCAGAUUCGAGGCCGCGGCGGGUUCUGGAACACCGGCAGCCACGGCAGCGUGUGCAGCGACGGCGAGCGCGCCGAGGACUUCCUCUUCGAGUUCCGCGAGCGCGGCCGCGUGGCCAUCCGGGCCCGGAGCGGCAAAUACCUGCGCGGCGGCGCCUCGGGGCUGCUGCGCGCGGACGCGGACGCGCCGGCCGGGGCCGCGCUCUGGGAGUACUGAGGGCGCGGGGAGGGCGCGCGACCGCCUGCCCCGCAUUAAACCGUGUUUGUCACGCA